AUGCCCAGUUUUUGUGAUACAAGAUAUACAUCUUAUUCUACAGAUCAUAUUUCUGACAAUGAUCAUAUUAUUGUCGAUAGUAGACAGCCAAAUAGAAAUUGGUCUAGACGGAGUAUAUUUAUAUAUGCUAUUUGCAUAAUAUUUAUUAUAAUUUUAACGAUAAUAACGACGAGUUUGAUUAUAAUAUUCAAAAGAAAACCAAUAAAUUCUACAAGUUUAAAUGAUCAAAAUUUAUUAUUGAAUGAAAACAAAAUUAUUUUAAAUAUAUCCAACUUUGUAAAACAAAAUAAUUCAUUUAGUUGUCAAUUACCGAAGAAUCCAGACUAUAAUAAAAAUGGAAUUGUUGCUGCUGGAGUUUUUGCUACAUCCACGGAUGAAUUAAAUAAACUUCACGGACCAACAUCUGUUUAUCUUGAUCAUGAACGAAAUAUUUAUGUAGCUGAUACAAUGAAUCAUCGAAUUCGAAAAUAUUCGCCUGGAAAUUCCGAUGAAGGUUUAACAUUGAUUGAUGAAACAUCGAAUGUAAAUUAUCCACAUUGUUUAUUUAUUGAUCAUGAAUCGAAUCAUUUAUAUUUUCUUGAUCAAAAUAGUCAAGGAUAUUAUCGUGUACAAUUACUUAAAUUAAAUUCAAAUCUAUUAAAAUCAACAAUUCUUGUUGUUGGAAAUCAAACGAGAUCAUAUGGAAUGACUUUAGAUCAAUAUUUAAAUAUUUAUGUAACAGAAUACAAUCAUCAUCGAAUUAUAAAAUGGUUAUCACCAGAUUAUGAACAAUAUGUAAUCGUUGUUGAAAAUAAUUCAAAUGAAUUAAGUUAUCCAAGAAGUAUUUAUUUUGAUCAAAUAGCAAAUAAUUUAUAUAUUGCUAAUAAAAAUCGGAUUCAUCGUUGGUCAGUUAAUUUAAAUAAGAGUGAAAUUGUUAUGCAAGGUGGAUCAUUUUAUCCAAAUGGAAUUGAAUACGAUUGUCAUGGAAAUCUUUAUAUAUCUCAAGAUACAACAAUUAAAUUAAUUAGUAACAGAACAAGUAUACAUGGACUUGAUAUUAUUGGUUAUUCACACCCUGGUGAUGCUAGUAUAUAUUCAAAAUCAACUUCAACUGCUGAUUUCUAUAAUCCCGAAGGAAUUUAUCUUGAUAAAACAAAUGGAGAUUUGUAUGUAGCUGAUUCAGGUCUUAAUCGAAUACAUAAAUACGCUAUUAAAAAUUAA